AUGUCAUUUCCUAAGCCAAGGGGGCCAAGGCCUUCUACACCUAGCUCUCCACAAAAACGCUUUUCGUUAUCAGGAAAACCUUCGUCACUUUCAUACAGUGAUCCAAUUUUUGUACAAGACUCGUCUGGAAAUAUCUCAUCUAGCAGGGCUUCGACAUCGAGCCCUGAAGUAGACGUAUCUUCUGCAUCUACACCGGACUACCAUGUGAAAAUUGUCUGUGUUGGUGAUGGAGGCUGUGGAAAAACCUGCAUGUUACAAACAUAUGCUAUGGGAGAAUUCCCUCUAACAUACGUUCCAACGGUGUUUGAAAACUAUUUUACCAAAAUCAAGACACCGGGUGGAAAAAACGUUGAAUUAGCGUUGUGGGAUACUGCCGGUCAAGAAGAAUAUGACAGGCUUAGAGCUUUGAGUUAUCCAGAAGUAGAUAUUGUGCUCAUAUGUUUUUCUGUCGACUCUCCUGCUUCACUGGAUAAUGUGUAUGAUAAGUGGAUCCCAGAAGUCAGUCAUUACUGUCAAGGGGUGCCGUUCAUUCUUGUUGGAUUGAAAACCGAUCUACGACAGGACCUCACUACCAUUCAGCAUUUACAAUCUAGAGGGUUAAGGCCCAUCACACCUGAUGAAGGCAAAGCCGUAGCUAAACGUUACGGAGCAUAUAAGUAUAUGGAAUGUUCAUCAAAAACAAUGACAGGCGUCAAGGAUAUUUUCAACACCUCCAUAGGUGUGGUUGUCAAAGAAAAGGUUUACCUACCACGAAAACUAGUGGAAUCAAGUAUUCCCAGUAGCAGCAUUGGUAGUGAUAGCGGAAGCCACAGAAAUACCAGCAAUACGCCUAAACCAGUCACCAAAUCUGCUAGGGUACCAGUAAGCUCCAAUUCCAAAGAUAACCCUAAAACGAUAGAAAAGAAAAAGAAAAAAUGUAUCAUUCUCUAA